AUGGAGCUGGGUCAGGCCAGGGCAGGCGAGGCCAUAGUCAAGGGUCUGGAGAGUUCCCCAGGCCAAAGACAGGAGGAUCUAGCAAUGAGCGAGUACGAGACAGGAGGAUCCAGCGAUGAGCGGGCAAGUUCGCUGACGCCUGGUGGUGCAGUAACAGAGGCAGCAUCUGCUGCUGCUGCUACAGCCCCACCAGUAGUAGAGGCUGCAUCGUCCUCUGCGCAGGUGUUUUCCAAGAUCAAAACACAUUUCCCGCCAGCCAAGAUCAAGAAGAUCAUGCAGACGGACGAGGACAUCGGGAAGGUGUCACAGGCGACGCCUGUGAUCACGGGCCGCUCGCUCGAGUUCUUCAUUGCGCUUUUGGUGGACAAGUCGAGCAAGGUGGCACGUGACCAGGGCUCUAAGCGGAUUAGUGCUGAUAUAAUGAAGAAGACGAUUCUCACGGACGAGAAGUUCGAUUUCCUACGGGAGGUGAUUCUUCCGCAGGAGCAGGAGCAGGAGCAGGCGCCAUGA